UUAACAGGGAGAUCCUGGAACCCCUGGAGUACCUGGAACACAUGGCGAACCAGGACGCAUUGGGCCUAAAGGCCUGACUGGACGCCCUGGGCCGUUUGGGCCUCAGGGCCGAGAUGGAAUCCCGGGCCUUAGAGGGCUGGCGGGUGAUCCUGGAAGAUCACUGGCAGGAGAUGAUGGAGAUUUUGGGGACCCGGGCCCAGAGGGGCCGCCCGGACCAGAAGAGGUCGAAACAUUCCCCCCUGAAUACCUCCCUCCCAAAGGCUACAAGGGUGACCCCGGUCCUGGAGGUCUGUGUGGACCUAAAGGUGUCAGUGGUGAUGCUGUGGGAAGCCAUGAGGGAAUUAAAGGAGAGAAAGGAAUCCCUGGUUUGCCUGGACCACGGGGCGUUCCUGGAUUCCCCGGAAGAGAUGGGUUAACAGGAUUUCAGGGUCAUAGUGGAGAAAUGGGACUUCCAGGCCUCAUCGGAAGAAUUGGACCAAAGGGUUAUGAAGGGGACUCUGGAGAUCCUGGGCCCCAAGUCCACUACGAUGAAACUGCAUCGAGAGGUGCCAAAGGGGACAUGGGGUUUCCUGGUUCACCUGGCGUCCUAGGAGACACUGGGGACAUGGGCAUGCACGGCCCCCCCGGCCCGCCGGGAAUAACAACAGAUAGGGAGCCUGGACCACCAGGCCCUUUUGGCCUGAAGGGGUCUAAGGGAGAGCCAGGGGGCGUUUACACUGAUAAUGUCCAAGGACCUAAGGGAUAUAAGGGACCCCCUGGAGCAAAAGGUGUCACAGGCCUCCCCGGUCCACCAGAUUACUACUGUGAACCGGGUUACCCAGGAGACCCCGGUGCCCCCGGAGACAUGGGCAGAGGCGGACGCCCAGGGGAGAAAGGCCUGAAAGGCUGUGAUGGAGUGUGUAGCUGUACUGGUGGGUACGGAGGCAUAGGGCCCCCCGGUCCACCUGGAUCCCCAGGUUAUGAUGGCCUUCCUGGAACUCCGGGCCAGAAAGGAGAUCCAGGGUUUAGAGGAGGGCCAGGGUCAACAGGCCCACAGGGCUUUAUAGGAACUCUAGGACAGAAAGGACGGAAAGGUCAGAAGGGUGACUCCAACGGGUUUCCAGUUGAUUAUGGAGCCAAGGGUGACCGUGGUGUUCUUGGGCAGGAGGGCCUGGCCGGGAGGCAGGGGCGUCUAGGAGAGGACGGGGAAACUGGCCACGUGGGAGACCCUGGAGCACCGGGAGACCGAUUCCCAGGAUCGAUGGGCCCGAAAGGGUUCCCAGGUUAUCAAGGAACCAAAGGGGCCCCGGGGCCCGCAGGCUCUCGAGGGUCAGGAUUCCCAGGUCGUCGUGGUCCCAAUGGCCGCCAGGGGGAUCAAGGUGGUCCCGGCUCAGAGGGCAUUCAAGGACGACCUGGACCUCCGGGUGACGUGAAAACGUGUUGUCUUGACAAAAUCAAUGCCGGUCCGCCCGGUCCCAAGGGGAGGUGUGGUAUGCCAGGGUACCCUGGUGCAGACGGAAGGGAUGGCUUAGCAGGCACUCGUGGCCUCCAUGGGCCUAAAGGUGUGAGAGGAGAUGACUGGGGAUUCGGACACAGCGGACCACAAGGGCCCAGAGGUCCGGACGGAGACCAGGGGUACCCUGGUCCUAGGGGAGGGACUCUGGACGGGCCCCCUGGCCCUUCUGGGUACUUCGGAGCUCCAGGGAGGAAAGGGGACCGUGGGGACUUCCGCACCUCAAGGCCUGGUCCGCCCGGACGCCCCGGCCACCCAGGCAACCCGGGCAGAAAGGGCCCUCUGGGAGAAACAGGGGCCCCUGGGUUACAAGGUGUCCGUGGUCAACUAGGCCCGUUGGGUGCAAAGGGGAUAUCAGGGGCCGCUGGCGACCUCGGAGACACGGGUCCCCCGGGGGCCUCAUGCGCGCCAUGUGAACCUUCCGUGCCUGGACCUCCAGGCAACCCAGGCCCGAUAGGAAGGCCGGGAUUUCCUGGCCGAAAGGGUUUGAGCGGAGUUGUGGGUCCAACGGGUUAUGGCCUGAAGGGUAGAAAAGGUGUGACCGGCGCUCAAGGAUUUCCGGGCCCAGUCGGCGAUAAAGGCGGAUUCGGACCCUCAGAGGAUGGGUACAAUGGCCAGCCUGGACUGAAAGGGGAGAGGGGUCAUCUUGGCAGGGAUGGGGUAGUAGGUUUCCCCGGUGGAACUGGACCUCCAGGUCCUAACGGAAAACAGGGGGAAAGAGGAUUUAACGGACGCCAAGGGUUGACAGGAGACAAAGGACCAUCUGGCGUUAAAGGUCUCCCCGGUCCCCCCGGUGCCCCUGGACCCCCUGUGAAGAUCACAUCGUUGAAGGGACAACCAGGGUCACCAGGACAGAGCGGAUCACCAGGGAACCCUGGACUGCAAGGAUUGGCCGGCGUCAGAGGACAGCCAGGGGCCUCGGGGGCUGACGGUGGGUCUGGGCCCGGGGGGCCGAAGGGUCUGACUGGGCCUCCAGGCAGAGCAGGACCCAGUGGGCCUCCAGGGCUGCCUGGAGUCAAAGGCUUCCCUGGACAGCGAGGGCAGACGGGUCAGGUCGGACCACCGGGCGACCCGGGGGUCGAUGGCCCUCCAGGCCUGCUGGGCCUUCGGGGGCACACGGGGCCCAAGGGUGACAUGGGAGAGUCGUACGGAGAGCCAGGCCCACCGGGCCCUAAAGGGCCCCCAGGGGAGGACGGAUCAGGAAUCACCUGUAGGCUUGGAGAGCCAGAAGAGCCAGGACCCCGGGGGUACGAAGGACCCCCCGGGGCCCGAGGGACCCCUGGGGAUCCGGGAAGGGACGGGGAACAAGGUUUCCGAGGGCUGCAAGGCCCACAGGGUCUCCCGGGGUUUCCUGGUUUUCCAGGGGUUGAUGGCGUCCAGGGGCCCGGCGGACCCGCAGGCCGGCCUGGCCCUUCAGGAGGGCCAGGAUUACCAGGGCGGGAUGGACUCGAUGGACUGAGGGGCCCAAAUGGGGCGAAGGGAGCGACAGGCGACGAUGUACCUGGACCUCCGGGUCCAAAUGGUUUCCCAGGGGUCAAAGGUCAGAUGGGACGCCCAGGAUUCCCAGGGUCAAGCCAUCCUGGACACAAGGGGCUUAAUGGCCCACCUGGAUACCACGGACCCCCUGGCCCCCCCGGGGAGGCCGGGCCCCCCAGAACCUCAGGCCCGGAGUGCUGCGACCUGGAAAAGGAUUAUCGGGGACAACCGGGGCCGGACGGGCGUCCAGGAGCUGUGGGGUCCCCAGGUGCUCCUGGAGAUCAAGGGUACCCAGGAACCACCAUCGCCUCUAGGGGGGACCAAGGGCCAUCUGGCCCCCAGGGACGAGACGGCCCCAAGGGGGCCAAAGGCUUCCUAGGACCUCCCGGUCGUUUGUCCCCGGGCUUAAGAGGACCUAAAGGUGCUAUGGGUCCUGCUGGGACCAGAGGUCCUGCUGGAUCCUGGGGUCCCCGUGGUUUUCCUGGGCUCACGGGUCGGCAUGGAGACAAAGGCUACAGAGGAGAUGAGGGAGCCAAAGGGCCGCCUGGGGAUGUCAUAGCGAGGUGUCCCCGGGGCCCCCUCGGGGCCCCUGGUAGACCUGGCCCGGAUGGCUUCACAGGAGACAGGGGGCCUCCGGGGCGCCCAGGGGCUAAAGGUGCAAAGGGUAGCGUUGGAUACCGAGGUCGCCAAGGGACAGAUGGUCGUCCUGGUAACGAUGGUCCCGUCGGUGACCCAGGAGACACUGGGCCACGGGGGUUCGUUGGAAAUCAAGGCCCAACAGGGCCAGCCGGUGAACCAGGAGACACCAGCGUCCAGAGUGCGGCCUCCUCUGGCUUCCUGCUGGUCAUCCACAGCCAGUCUGUGGUGGUGCCGCAGUGCCCACAGGGAAACCAACAGCUCUGGGUGGGCUACAGCCUGGUGUUCCUGGAGGGACAGGAGAAAGCCCACACGCAGGACCUAGAGUCGGUGACGAUGUCGCCUCCAGAUGCAGAUGCUCUCUACCUCUGUCUUUCGUCGCCUGUCACACCGACCCAGGUCCGAUCGCUGCGCUACAGCAGAUGA